AAGCGUUCCUUGUAGGGCUACAUAUAAUCAAUCAUGUUGGCUUUCAUUAGAUAAGACCAAAAUAUAGCCAAAGUGGAGUAUAUAUUUUUCAAAAUGAAGUGUACUUUACCGUGAUUCAUGAGUAAUAACUAAGCGGAUUUGAAACAAAUACUAACCGGAUUUAAUUUUGUUAGUUUGAAAAUAAGAAAACAGAAAAGGGUAAACAAAGGUAAAUCUGAUCAUUGCAUGAUUCAGUUGGGAUUAUGUUCCUCUGAAAAGUCUGAGGCAUAUUUUUACCAUUUGUUUACACACAGAGCAGACACAGGCGCGUGGCUGCACGUGCCUCUGUUCCCAUCCCUUUACACCAUUAUUGCUUUUAUUUACUGUAUUUAGAAGCUCGAGUUCCAACCUCAAGAGAACAAAUUAAUCAAGUUUUUUUUUUCGAAGCGAAUCUUUAAUCUAGGUGAAUCGGUCCAGAUUGAUGCAUCACAAAACGUGGUCAUGCAGAGGCAACUGCCCUGCCCUUUUCUACGUCCACAUGUCUCCUUUAUGGCGUACCCAAAUCAUCAUCGUAUUACUCAUAUUUUCUGAUUUUCAAAUAAACAAGUGAAUUAUACUACACGUGCAUACUUAAAUAUAGAAAUAUGUUAUGUGAGAAGAUAGCUAACUAAAUACAUACAUGUAUACUUUGUUUUAAAAGAUAAAAGUUGCAUAUAAAUUGCAUGUACACAAAGCAUGAACAUCUAGGUGUUGUAAUAGUGUAUAGUCUUAGGAUUUAUCACUUUGAAUCCCGCAAAUAAAUUCUUAUAGUGUUACAUAUUCUAAAUCUGGUUAAUCUCCUUUCUGGAUUAAUGAAUUGAGAUUAGAAGUGCGAUCAUUUCUUCUCUUUAAAAAAUAUAUUUUCUUUUCUAAUCAUGGUCGGGAGUAUGUUAUGAAGAAAAAGAGUGCUUUUUUUCCGUUUGUUACGUUGGGAAAUUUUCUUUUUAACACUAAAGACUAUUUUAACUUCAACACCAUCGUUACAAGCUAUGCCGGCGAAUUUGACUUACAUCCCGGAGUCAUAAGCCCACAAAAAGAAUACAAUAUGAAAACAUAAAACUAAACAGAAAGAUAAUUACAGCACAAGCAUACAGCUAGAAGAUCAAGAAAAUUAAACAGAUCCAGAGUGGAGAUAGAACAAAUUGCAUGUAGACUUAGAAUGAGAAUCUUGGAGAGACCAUCGAUGGAUACAAGCUUGAUCAAACCACCAAAACUAGAAGUCUCCUAUAGUGAAUUAAUGGCCCAAACAAUUGAUAAUCCAAAGCAGCAAGAUCCGGGAGAUAUUUUCCUGUCUACAAACCGGUUUGUUGGGACAAUUAUUAUCUGGUUUGGUAAAAAGAAAUUGAUGACUCGUAUAAAAGGAUGGAACAUAAAAAUCAAUGUUUCGAAAACCGGACCGAACAGUUAUUCUUAGGUGACUGGUCAAACCGGUUUCUUAGUAUUUAUGUGUAUGCAAAUUUUUAAAAAUACUUAUUUUUAGUAUUCUGUUAAUCCUUAAAGAAAUAUAUAAAUAUAUAUAUAUAUAUAUAUAUUUAAAACAAUUACAAUGUCAAAACGUAUAUGCGACCAUUAUUUUAUUUUCUUACUCAUGAAUGGUAAAUGUAAAUUAUAAUAUGAAUAGAAAUAUUAUAAAUGACCAAAAUUAUUUAUGCAAAGUAUAACUGCUGUAGAAAUAUAUAGCAAGUGUGUAUAAUGAAAACAAAAUAAAUGUGAGCAAUGAAAAAAUUAUUUUGGUUUCCAGUUACAAACUACAAUAAAUCUGGAACUAAUCAAUAAAUGUCAUUUAUUGUAACUAUUAAAAAUCAAAAUUAAUCGAUUAUGCUUUGUAUUUGGUUGAAUCAGGUUUUGUUCUUAACCUAAGUUGCCGGUUUGGCUGGGUUUGUACCGGUUUUGGCGGUUUAAUUCAAAUCCGAGUUUUAAUUGAACCCGGAUUCCGUUUACUUAACGGUUCACAGUUUAACCGGUUCCAACCGGCCGGUCCGGUCCGGUUUUCAAAACCUUGAUAAAAAUUGAUUUCUAAUUAUUAUUUAGUUUUAAAGUGGAAGGUAUUGGAUUUAGUAGAGAUUAAUGGGUCAUGGGCCUUCAACCUAGCUUAUGAAUUAUAUUCGAGAAACUGAAGGCCUAGGAUCUACCACCUACACUUCCUCGUACGCAGAUCACUAAACUCUUGCACGUUUAAUCGCCUUGAACCCUAUUUAUUUUUGGAAUGAAAACUGAGAAGCCCUAGCCCCUAGGAUCUGAUCAAGAUUUUGAUGAAUACUCUAAGGACGAUGGGUUGCGAUAGGAUCAGCGAGUUUCCGGAUUGUUUGCUAACUCAUAUACUCUCAUACCUUUCGACCAAAGACUCAGUUAAGACUAGCGUUUUGUCGAAGAGAUGGGAGUUUCUCUGGCUAAAUGUGUCUGGAUUGGACUUAAACGACCUUGACUUCCUUCCUUAUGGAUUCGUGUACAGAUUUUUUGAGUUUAACCGCGGAUCGUGCCUACAAACUUUCACGUUGAAAUAUUGCCGUUAUACAAAAUUAGGGUAUGACUCUAGUAACAGCCUUGAGUGGAUAACCCAAAUGGUUCAUCGCCGAGUUCAACAUCUUGAUCUUGAAAACAAAUAUCUAUGUCGUUUAUAUAUCAUGCCUGAAUGUGUUUAUGUGAGCAAGACAUUGGUGUCUUUGAAGCUCGUAAAAAUAGGGCUUAAAGACCCCAAGUUUGAUGUUUCUCUACCUUGUCUCAAGAUCAUGCAUCUAGCAAACAAUUAUUUCAAGAAGCCUGAUCGUAAUGGUUUUUGCUUUAUGGAUUACUUGUGUGGUGAUGGUCAUUUGAUUAUGAAGAAGCUCAUUUCAGGCUCUCCAGUUCUAGAAAAUAUUACCAUGGAAGCUUCAAUUUGUUUACCGACAGGGUUCUCCGGUUAUCCUUUAGUCAAUUCUUUUUGGACCAAUGUGCCUCAGUGUUUAUCAUCCACUUUGGAAUAUGUUACGAUUAGCGUAAGGAUUAUGGAUGAGGAAACUGGGAUUAAACUAGUGAAUUACUUUCUUGAGAAUUCAGCAGUACUCAAGAAACUAACUCUGAGUUGCAAAUAUUAUCAUAAGCCCAAACGAGAGGCAGAGUGUUACAAGAAGCUUCUUACAUCCACAAAGCUUUCUACAAGAUGUCAGGUUCUCGUCUCUUGACAUGCAGCUUCUGAUGUGUUAUGAACGUUUGCGUGGAAAUCAUUUAUUUUUAUGAAAAUUUCAGCUACUAUUAAUUAGAGCAUUUUGUAGACAUGGUUUUUAGGUUUGACCAUCUUCCUUCUUUUUGGAUUCUUUAAGUAUGUGGAUGAUCUUUUUGCAUUGCCUGAUUCAGGUCUUUAUGCUUAUUGACGUUAGAAUAUGAUUAUAUAUAUCACAUUAUUCAUAAUAUUAUGCGAUACGUCUUGCUAAAUAAUUGAUGGAGGCACUGGAUAUCUCAAGUUGUGGGUUCUAGACUUCUAGUGGAUCGUGAGAAACAUAUAUGGUCGACGAAGAUGUACCAAAGUCCUUCUCUACUUAUUAUCCAAACGACCCAUUCUAUGUUUUUUUUCUAUGUUCCUGUGAAGAACACUAUAGUAAGAGUUGAAAUUCUAGGAAUUGAUCAAAAGUUCAGGAAUCGCAACAUUUAUUCAUUUAUAGACUAGACUAUAUAGAGGAUGUGAAGCAAGCUUAUAAGAAUAAAAUAAUAUGGCUCUACGAUCUCAUCGUCACAUGAUCAUGAGGUCUUAAAAUGGUGAUCACGUGAGGCAUUAUGAUCUUGAUUUUUGGCAUUCAGAUCAUUGAUUUGGGCGUAUGAGUUAAUAUAUAACCUUCUCUUAUUUGCUACAUUUUUUUAAAGAGUUUGACAACAUACUGUAAAGCUGAUUGACUGUUUCCAGUUGUAAGCUGUAAUCCUUGUAUAAACUAUGUAUAAGCUGUAAUACUUGAGAAUGGGACUAACCUACUAAUCAAUAGAUUAUAGAUUCAACGUAGCUUUUAAAGAUUCUGGAACAUUUUGAGAAUGUAGCUCAUCCUCUUUGUUUGGGCUUUGGGCCUCGUUGUAUUCCUUAUAUAAGGCCCAAUACUUUGUUUGAUCCGUUGAGUUUAUGAUUCCUAAUUAACACAGCUAACCCUUUUUCACAGUGAAAAAAAAAACGGUUAAUACGUCAACAUAGAUUUAUUUUCACCCAAUCAUUCCUCGUGAGUUUGAUUAAUAAAAUCAGCUAUUAGCCUAGCCUAUUAGAAAAACCCUAGUAAAAUUAAAUGCAAGUAGAUUAACUGCGGUGGAAUCUGAGCCGUCGAUCUUAGAAACACGGUAAGAAACUGGGCCCCACGUUUCGACCACUUCCCAAAGACCCAU